CGGUGAAACUGGCACACUGCGCUUGCGGGGACUCCGGCACACCUUCCUGCGAAAUAGUGAUUCACUGCCAGCAACCCAGUGUCUGUUUUUCCUGCUGGAUAUGGUAUUUACCAGCUAGUGAGCUAGCUAACUAAACCGCGAGGCUGUGGUGUCUAACCAUCUGAAUUAGCUAUGCGGUCAGCAGGCUAGCAUAAAUCACCGACUGACAGGAAAUGACCUAGUGGCCUCACGGAUAUUCGCCCGCUCUGUCGCCACAGGCCGCCGGUUCUGGGAACUGUUUCCACGGAGACAGCGAAAACUACCUCAGCGGGCAGAGAGGGGGAGAGCGGAGCGCCUGUGAUAAAAUAACAAAGGCCCCACUGGUUUCAGACCGCAAUUGACUCCCCCCCCCCAGCUGGGCCUGCGUGGAACGUUCCCCAGGAAGGAGCAUCGCGAGUCUGACUUGUUCCCGUGUUCAGGAUCUCCCGCUGGAUGUCUCGUGACUCGUCCCAAGAGCAGAUGUGAUGUGGAGAAGGUGUCAGGUUUCCUGCCACUGACUCUCUCGGAGCGGCUGAUUCCGCCGCACCCCCCCCCCCCCUUUUGAUGGCCGAAUCUCGGCGCGGCUGCACUGGGUAGGCGGCUCCAGGCCGCGAGACAACAUCCCCCUCCCCUGCCUUUUUCUCCCCAGCUGAUUUUGCCGUUGCUUGGAAAAUGCCCCCCAGUGAGACUGUGACUUUAGGCGGCCCGUCGGCACGGCGUGAGGCCUUCUGCGCUUAGGCCGGUGUGGGAGUGUCACAGCAGGCUCCCCAGAGGCUGAUAUUCGCUCUCCAGGCAGCCAGCAGGUGGGACGACCCCCCCCCUCUGAGACCUGCUGUGUCCCCUAUGUAUUGUUGCAGCGCGCAGGACAGUAAGAUGGACUACAAGCGGCGGUUUAUGCUUGGCGGGUCCAAGCAGAAGGUACAGCAGCACCAGCAGUACCACAUUCCCGAACUGGGCCGGGCCCUCGGCGGACACCUCGGUUCCUCAUGCUCUGGGCCGGCCCCCAUCGGCGGCUGCGGGCACCCGCCCCCCUCCCCUGGCGGCGCCGGCGUCACCUCCACCCCCGGCAGCGCCGUGGCCGACAUCCAGCAGGGCAUCUCCAAGUACCUGGAUGCGCUGAACGUGUUUUGCCGCGCCAGCGCCCUGCUCACCGAGCUGUUCAGCGGCGUCUUCCGCAGCUCGCACUACGCCAAGGCGGCCGCGCAGCUCAAGGACGUGCAGGACCACGUCACCGAGGCGGCCGGCCGACUGACGGCCGCCAUCAAGCCCGAGAUCGCCAAGAUGCUGAUGGAGCUCAGCUCUGGGGCGGCCGGCUUCAAGAACCAGGACGACUUCAACCUGCAGGAUGUGGAGGUGCUGGGCCGCUGCUUCCUCACCGUCAUGCAGGUGCACUUCCAGUUCCUGUCGCAGGCACUGCAGAAGGUGCAGCCAGUGGCGCAGUCCUGCCUGGCGGAGGCGCUGGCGCAGGCCCAGGAACGGCGUGGCGGAGGGGGCGGGGCCGGCCGGCCGCAUGUCUCUGCUGCCGGGUCGCUCAACGAGCUGGAGGAGGCCUCGAGGUCCUGGAAGGCCGCGGCGGAGGCCACGGCUCGGCUCAGGGAGAAGGGCCGCGACGGCUACCUGGCAGGCCUCCAGGUCCAGCAGCUCUUCUGCUCUCACAGCCCCACCAUCCCGGAGCAGCAGCUGAAGGAGCUCAACCUGAAGAUCGACAGUGCCCUGCAGGUCUACAGGGCGGCGCUGGAGAGCCUGGGGCACAGUGACUACGCACUGAAGGCUGGUUUUCAUCUUGACCCCAAAGCUGCGGAGGAGUCUCUGCAGGGCUGCUGCAGCGAGGCUGAGGCCCAGCAGGCGGGACGGAUGCAGACCCCCACUCAGCCCAUCCAAUGCGAGCUGCCCACCAUCCCGCUGCAGAUCGGCCCCCACUUUCUCAAGGGCGUCUCUUUCAAUGAGUCUGCGGCCGACAAUCUCAAGCUCAAGACGCAUGCUAUGCUGCAGCUCCUCAAGGAGGCAGCAGGGCCUAACGGACAGGUGCUGUGCGACGGCGACUCUCCCGCCACCGAGGUGCUCAACCAGGUGUGCCCGUCCAGCUGGAGGGGGCCCUGCAAGACAGCUGUGCAGCUGCUGUUCGGCCAGGCGGGGCUGGUGGUAGUCGACACGGCGCAGAUGGAGAGCAAGGAGGCAUAUGCCCCCCACAUCACCCUGGAGGGGAGCACGUUCGUGGUCCAGGUUCCUUCCACAUGGUGCCUGAAGGAGGAUCCAGCCACCAUGUCCCUCCUGCAGCGCAGCCUGGACCCCGAGAAGACCCUGGGCCAGGUGGACGUUCUCUACACAGCUAUCUUCGACCUCAACAGGUGGAAGGAGCGCAGAAAUCAAGUCCUGCCCACCAUCCAGAUGCAACUGCAGCGCGAGGCGCCCGACCUCCCACCCGGAAGCAGCUCCAAGUCUUCCGGUGGACUUCCCAAGACCAUCUCCAAGCUCACCUCCAAGUUCACCAAGAAGGCCUCCUCCAGUGGCAGCAGUUACUCCAUCCCCAGCACGCCCUCCCGCUCCCUCUUCUCUGCCACUGGCUCCGAGGACAAGACCAAAGCCCCGGGGCCUCCGGACGGCCGGGUGCCUGGUGUUUUCCCGACAGGCAGUCUUCCGGGCACCCCUGACCCCGGUGGACCCCAGUUAGCCAAUGGCUGCCCUGCCGACGACAAGGGCACAAACCUGCCCACGGACCAGGAGAUGCAGGACGUCAUCGAUUUCCUCUCAGGGUUCAACAUGGGCAGGUCCCAACAGGCCUCGCCCCUUGUCAAGAGGAGGAACUCGGUGGCGUCUGCUGGAGCAGCCGAUCUGAAAACGCCCCCGGCGCAGGCAGCGCCCCCCCCUCCCGGCCCCCCCCACGGGGGACUGCAAGCGCCACCACAGGUCAUGCAACCCCAGCAGCAGCAGCAGCAGCAACAACAGCAGAGCCAUCCGGGCCAGCAGCCACCUUCCCAGCAAGCUUUGCAGUUCUACCAGCACCUCCUGCAGCCUAUUGGCCAACAUCAGCAGCCCCCGCCCCCACAGCUUCAACAGCAGAGGGUGCCGUCCAAGUGGCUAGGCAGCCCUGGACAGCACGCUGGACCCGGCCCUCCAGCCGGCCUCUCCCCCAUCGGGCCUCUAAGCCAGUGGGGCUCUCCAGGGCUCCCAGACCUCAGCUCCGACUUGUACAGCCUGGGUCUGGUCAGCAGCUAUAUGGACAGCAUCAUGUCCGAGAUGCUGGGCCACAAGCCACAGGGGCCGCGGAACAACACCUGGCCCAACCGCGAGCAGACCGAUGGGGCCUUUGGCAUGCUGGGAGAUGUGCUGCCCUUUGACCCCGCUGUCGGCUCCGACCCCGAAUUUGCCCGCUACGUCGCUGGAGUCAACCAUGCCAUGCAGCAGAAACGGCAGGCGCAGCAUCUGCGUCGCCCGAGCAAUGCCCGCGCCAACUGGCCAAUCACGGAUGAGCCUCACAGAACAUGGCCGCACCCAGAGUACUACACAGAAGGGGACUCCAUGAGUGGCAGCUGGUCAGCCAAUCAAGGGGAUUCAGCCAGCUCCAGUGAUGAGACCUCCUCAGCCAAUGGGGACAGCCUCUUCUCCAUGUUCUCAGGACCUGACCUUGUAGCUGCAGUCAAACAAAGAAGAAAACACAGCUGUGGUGAACCUGAAGCAUGCACCCUCCCUUCACCGCCUAUCCAUCACCCCGGGGACGACGGCGGCCAGGACAGCAAGACGAAAACCUGGCCACCCAAAGCCCCCUGGCAACACUCCUCCCCUCACACCAACACACUGCCCAAUCUGAGCUCUUCCUUGUACCAGAUGACCAUCCCCUCCAGCCAAUGGAACGACUCGAUGCAGAUGCUGCAGUCGCAGGUGUGGUCCACGGCGGGCGACUGCCCCGCCUCUGUGGGCCUCUCUUCUGCCUUCCCAUUCGCUACGCAGCAGCCAACCACAGUGCAGCAGCAGCAGCAACAGCAGCAGCAACAGGUUUCUCAGCACAAACCCAUCAACAAGGGCUUCAAAUCCUUCCCGCUCAAACACGAGCACAGGCCCUCCUACCUGCCUCAGUACUGAUCACAGGUGCCGAACCUGCUGCUCUUAGUGUGUCCUAUGGCCAGGCAAACGGCAUCCUGUAUCAAAUGUGCCACUUGGGGAUCUUUUGCCGAUGUGUAUAUAGGCCUGUUGGAUACUUGUAGUGCUUUCCUAGUGCUCUUUCCCCUUCUACCAAGCUAGUUGUGACUAUUAAUUUUCAUUUGCAUCAUUUUUUAAAAAUCUAAAACCUGUAUAAUGGAAGGAAGGUCUUUAUACAUAGUUUAUUGUCAUUAUUAUUUUUUAGACCAACUGCAUUGUAGAGAGUGAACGGAAGUGUGCAUCUGUCCCAUUCCACGAAAGCUCCCCAAAAGCCUCCCUCGCUGUAGCACUGGCAGCGGACUGUGAGAUCGGCAUAGCGGCGGCUGAGGUAGCUGAGGCUCCGCCCCCACCAAUGAGAGCGCCCUGUGCCGUCGCGGCCGGCGUUUCUUCUGACAUACAUUUGUUGAGCUGCCAUGGCUUGGACGUGGUUGGGGGGGGGAGAAGGACCACUUUGCAAGACCGAUACCCCCCCCCCCCCACUACUGUUCAACUAGUA